AUGCCGAAAAGGAAGAAUCAAGCAUUAAUUGAUUCCGAUAGCAGUGGAAGUGGAUCAGAUGAUGGAUCUGAUUUGGACAACGAUUUUCUUUCUUUGGCUAAAAAGAAAAAGGAAAGGUCACAGAAUGAUGCCUCAUCAGACUCUGGCACCUCUGACUCUGAUGAUGAGUGGAGUGCCAAGUCUAAUAAAACUAAAAAGAAAAUACCUACAAAAAGAAAUAAAAGAAAAAUUCACAAGCCAAAUUCUGAUGACAGUGGCAGUGAAGGAAAUUCUGGAAAAGCUUCUGAGCCUGAAGAAGGUGAAGUAUCUGAUUCGGAGCUCAGUGUCUCAGAUGCAAGUGAUGAAGAAUUUAACGAUGGGUAUGACGAAAAUUUGAUGGGUGACGCUGAAGAUCAAGCAAGGUUGGCUCAGAUGACUGAGAUAGAGCGUGAGCAGGAAAUUUAUAAGCGUAUUGAAAAGCGCGAGCUUAUGAAAACGCGAUUUGACAUCGAAAAAAAAUUGAGAAUGGCCAAAAGACAGGAGGCGAAAAAGCAGAAAGAGAACAAGAAAAAGGAAAAGAGUGUUGAGGAGAAGAAAAUUGAACGAGCUCCUGAUCUCAAAGAAAGAAGUAAAGACCGUAAAAAGACAAUUGAGGAAAAACAGGACAAGAAAUUCCAGGCAAUGACGCUCUUGAAAGCUCGUCGUGAGGAGAAGAAAGAACGUGAGGAGAAAGAGAAGCUGAGGAUUGAACAAGAGCAGCAGCAACAACAGUCAAAAGAUGACGAGGAGGAGCUCGAAGACGAUCACAAGGGCAAUAAAACUAAAUUAAAAACUUCGGAUGUUUAUUCUGACGACAGCGGUUCUUCGGACAGUGCCGAAGAAGAAGAGACAGCCAAGGUUUCUUCUCGACGUUCUUCAUCUAGUGGGGAUGAUCGAGAUUCUGACUCGGAUGACAAAAAAUCAGUGACUAGCAACAAAGCUGUCAAACCGAAGAAGCCUCUGUACGUCGGACAUAGAGAUGAUCUUAAUAAAGUGAGAUUGUCUCGGCACAAAAUGGAGCGUUUUGUUCAUUUGCCAUUUUUUGAUCGUGUUGUACGUGGCUGUUUUGUCAGAGUUGGUAUUGGUAACAACAACGGCAAGCCUGUUUACCGAGUCGCUGAAAUCAGUGGUGUCUGCGAGACCAGUAAAAUUUACCAGCUUGGAGGCACUAGAACAAACAAAGGCUUGAGAUUAAGACACGGAGCUCAAGAGCGUGUUUUCAGAUUGGAGUUUGUAUCAAAUCAAGAUUUCACUGACUCAGAAUUCUGCAAGUGGAAAGAAACUUGUGCUCUUCAGGGAAUUUCUAUGCCGACUUUUGAGGAAGUCGAGCUAAAGCUUAAGGAUAUUAAAGAAGCGAUGGUUUACGAGUUUAAGGAUGAGGAUGUUGAAAAAAUAGUUCGGGAGAAAGAAAGGUUUAAACAGACUCCUUAUAAUUAUGCCUUUAAAAAGGCACAACUGCUGCGUGAAAGAGAUGUUGCCAAUGGUCGUGGUGAUGAUGAAACUGCCAGUCGCUUGAAUCAACAACUUGGAGAACUCGAAGAGCGAGCUUCGGAGCUGGAUAAAAUGCGGACUGCUACGAUUUCAAGUAUUUCUUAUAUUAAUGAUCGUAAUAGAAAGAAGAAUGUUGAGGAAGCUGAAAAAGCUAUUAUGGAAGAAGUAAGAGCUAACAAAGGAAAGAAAAAAGAAGACCCGUUCACUAGGCGUAGUACUAAGCCAAAGAUGAAGUUCGUUGCGGAUUCAGAUAAAGAUUCUGAUGAAGCUACUAAAGAUAGUGAUGAAGCUGCUGAAAAUGCUAAAAAUAUUAAUGAUAAGGAAAAUGGUCCAGAGCCGAAGAAGAAACAGAGUAGUGAAGACUUGUUUAAUGCUCAUGAUUUUGAUAUUACAAUAGAUUUGGAAGUACCUAUUCCAAGUAAUCCUGUUAGUGUGUUACCUAAACCAGUAAGUAACAUUAAAGACACUGGUCCAAGACGAUCACUGAAUCUCGAAGACUAUAAGAAAAAACGGGGUCUCAUCUAA